AGGGGCGGGGCCGUCUGAGCUCCCGGGACCCUUUUCCCAAACCUUCCCAGCCGGCUGCUGGCGGGAACCUGAGGGGUGUGUCCCGCCGGCACGCUGAGGGGGCGUGGCCUCACUGGCAGAUGCGAAGACUCUGCCAAACUCCAAACCCAGGGCUCGGGGAGGAGGCGUGGCCUUCUGGGGUGUGCGGGCUCCUGGCCAAUGAGUGUUGUGAAGGGCGUGGCCGGGGGGCUGCGGGGGCGCCUCGGGUCUUUUCCCCUGGCCCGGCUGGGCCAGAUCUCCCGGAGCUGCUCUCCGGCUCCUUGGCUUGUGGCUGUGGAUCCCGCCAGGCCCGCCCUCCACACAUCACUCCAGGACCCCAGUCGUCCCCGCGUCCUCUGCCCGCCAGGCCGGAACCGCAGACCCCCUGUCGCCUCGCUCUCAUCUACUGCAGCUCCUGCGCCUCCAGCUCCUAAGACGAGAUGCCGUCGGGUUUUCAACAGAUCGGCUCAGAAGAUGGGGAACCGCCUCAGCAGCGAGUCACUGGGACCCUGGUCCUCGCAGUAUUUUCUGCUGUGCUUGGCUCCCUGCAGUUUGGCUACAACAUUGGGGUCAUCAAUGCCCCACAGAAGGUGAUUGAACAGAGCUACAAUGAGACAUGGCUGGGGAGGCAGGGGCCUGAGGGGCCCAGCUCCAUCCCGCCAGGCACCCUCACCACCCUCUGGGCUCUCUCCGUGGCCAUCUUUUCUGUGGGCGGCAUGAUCUCCUCCUUCCUCAUUGGCAUCAUCUCUCAGUGGCUGGGAAGGAAAAGGGCAAUGCUGGUCAACAAUGCCCUGGCAGUGCUGGGGGGCAGCCUCAUGGGCCUGGCUGACACUGCUGCCUCCUAUGAGAUGCUCAUUCUUGGACGGUUCCUCAUUGGCGCCUACUCAGGGCUGACGUCAGGGCUGGUGCCCAUGUAUGUGGGGGAGAUCGCCCCCACUCACCUGCGGGGUGCCUUGGGGACACUCAACCAACUGGCCAUCGUCAUUGGCAUUCUGAUCGCCCAGGUGCUGGGCUUGGAGUCUAUGCUGGGCACUGCCACCCUAUGGCCACUGCUCCUGGGCAUCACAGUGCUGCCUGCCCUUCUGCAGUUGGUCCUACUGCCCUUCUGCCCAGAAAGCCCUCGCUACCUCUACAUCAGCCGGAACCUGGAGGGGCCCGCCAGAAAGAGUCUGAAGCGCCUGACAGGCUGGGCUGACGUGUCUGGAGUGCUGGCUGAGCUAAAGGAAGAGAAGCGGAAGCUGGAGCGUGAGCAGCCACUGUCCCUGCUCCAGCUCCUGGGCAGCCGUGUCCACCGGCAGCCCCUAGUCAUUGCAGUUGUGCUGCAGCUCAGCCAGCAGCUAUCGGGCAUCAACGCUGUUUUCUAUUAUUCAACCAGCAUCUUCGAGAAGGCAGGAGUAGGGCAGCCAGCCUAUGCCACCAUAGGAGCUGGUGUGGUCAACACAGUCUUCACCUUGGUCUCGGUGUUUUUGGUAGAACGAGCUGGGCGCCGGACACUCCAUCUCCUGGGCCUGGCGGGAAUGUGUGGCUGUGCCAUCUUGAUGACUGUGGCUCUGCUUCUGCUGGAGCGAGUUCCAGCCAUGAGCUAUGUCUCCAUCGUGGCCAUCUUUGGCUUUGUGGCAUUCUUUGAGAUUGGCCCUGGCCCCAUCCCCUGGUUCAUCGUGGCUGAGCUCUUCAGCCAGGGACCCCGCCCGGCAGCCAUGGCUGUGGCUGGCUUCUCCAACUGGACGUGCAACUUCAUCAUUGGCAUGGGCUUCCAGUAUGUCGCGGAUGCUAUGGGUCCCUACGUCUUCCUUCUAUUUGCGGUCCUCCUGCUUGGCUUCUUCAUCUUCACCUUCUUAAGAGUGCCUGAAACCCGAGGCCGGACGUUUGACCAGAUCUCAGCCGCUUUCCACCGGACACCCUCUCUUUUAGAGCAGGAGGUGAAGCCCAGCACGGAACUUGAGUAUUUAGGGCCAGAUGAGAAUGACUGAGGGCAGGCAGGGGUGGGAGAGCCGGUGCUCUCUACCCCCCUCAGAGCCCCCUCCUUCUCUGCAGCACUUUAACCCUCUCUUCCCCAUUACUUCCAGGGUGGAGGAAACCCUGCAGCCUGGUGGAAUUGGGAAGCUGGAGGGAAGGGUGGUCUGAGCACCCCCUCAAUCCCCUCGUGUGACUCUUGGAUUAUUUAUGUGUUGUGGUUAGGCUGUGGUCAUCAGGGUGGGCCAUUCUCCCCUCUCGUCCCCUCCGUCCUCCAUAGCCCACCCCCACCCCUUCCAGCCUCAGCUCCAGAAUAUUUUCAUCCCCCUGCUAGAGAAGGGGGAUUGGAGGGGGGAGGCGUUAGGACUGACUGUUUAGUGGAGGGGCAAGUGAAGCCAAGAGCAGGACUGGAGAAGAGAAACUGAGUGUCCUGCCACCCUGGACUCCUCCCACUCUCUGGCACUUUCUCUGAAUUCUUGCCACAUAGACUCUGGGUGAAGGGGUGGUCUGUUUUGACCCCUCCAGGGCAAAGGAUGCACCCUCCCAAGGUCUAACCUCACCUCUGUCACUGCAGGCUCAGUUCUCUCGCUCCACUUUCCACGGCGAGAGGGAACACAUGCCCUUAUGUGGCGAAGGGAAGGGACAGCAGGCUCCCACCUCUAGACUUAGGGCUCUGGGUCCUACCCCCACUGCUCCCCAAGGCUUCCAGGUGGGGGUCCCAGCUCUUUCCUCCUCUCUCAUCCUAGAAGGGUGUUGCACCCACAGGCUUUUGACCAGCUAAAGGAAACAAGAAUUUGAAAGGCUGCCUGUAAACCCUGGGCUUGGAGGAGCCUUCAGAUAUUUUUGUAUAUGUCUGAAAAAGGGAGAAGAAACUGAAGGUCUGUUGUACUAAAUGUAUAUAUAUAGAUACGUAUAUAAAGUCACUGUAUGAGA